UUUAAGAACCAAAGGAAGCAAACGAAACGAAGAGGGUCCUACCUGAAUUUCUCCAAUAAAUACUAUUGUUUGCGUUUUCCGUUUGGAGUAGGCUAAACCGUUUCUGUUACAAAACGUUUACAGUUUAAGAAGCAAACCGAGCAAAACGACAUUUUAUAUUGGACAAAUGCAGGUAGGUCCCGCCCGGUUUCGUUUGCUUCCGUUUAAGAAACGUUUUGCAACAGAAUCGGGCUAAUGAAUACGCCCCAGGUAUGCAGGUGGAGUUGCAAAUGUUCGGAUAGGGCGGAGUUAAUUGUUACUGGCGCAGAAAAAAACCCAUCUGACACUCCAUCGGGCUUGGAGCAAACAGACGGAAUGGCCACCGAUUUUACUCAGGAUUCGGUGCUGUACUUUCUCCGGUGCAAUGGUGGAAGAGUGAAGAACUCUGAAUUGUUGGCGCACUUCAAUGCGUUUAUAAAGGACCACAAGAACCAGACGCACAAUCGGGAACUGUUUAAAAAGUUUAUUAACUCCGUGGCUGUGGUGAAAACGGAGGAGGGAGUUAGAUACGUUGUAUUGAGGAAGACAUUUCUGGGCCAUGUUGUUGGAGGAGAUAUCACCGCAGGAUCCCAUUCUCCAACCCCCCCCAUCGGACAACAACCUGCGCCACAGGCGAGAGAGAGAGACCGCUCGCCGAGAGAUCCGGUAAACCUAAAUCAGGAGAGAGGUCAGAAGGAAUUGAUCGAGACGCACUUGAACGUCACAAAUCAGAAGUUACAUGUUCCACCCGGCAACACCAUCCAACUCACAGAAAAGAUAUUGGCCUCGGCUGGAAUUGUAAAGACAAACAAUGUGAAAAGUACAGUCAACUUCGAAAAGCCUAUCCAAAGCUCCUCGCCAUGUGUGACAGACCAUGCGCUACCUCCGGCAUCCAGCAACAAAGAGGCACGGUUCCGCCCAUCUUACAAUGCAGAAAAAUCAAAGGGCUCAGAAGAUGGGAGUGGUCAGAACAUUGAAGCAAAAUGGGAUAAAAAACCCGUGACUCUCCCUCUUUCAGUCCCAAAACUGAAUCACAAAGGCAUUUACAUUGGUGGUUACACACUUGGCAAGCAGUCAAUAGAACCCAAGAGGUCCUAUCCGCCCCCUGAGUUCCUGUACACAGAGGUGAAACCUCCGGCACCUCAGCCUCACCUAGCACAGGUGCAACAGAAUGCAGUACAGCCAAAGAGGAAGACUUCUGAAGCUGACCACAGAGGAGCCUCUGCAGCUACAGGAUGGCCACUGCUCACCACUCUAGAGCAUGCCAGCUCCUUUCCUUGUUUAUCUGAUCCUUCUGCUGCUCCCCUGACCCCUGACCCCCAGGUGACAAGGAGCAAUUGCAACCUGGAUGGCAACCUUCACCUCCACCAUAGCAUCCCACAGCAGCCCAGACCAAAAGAAGAUGGAGUCCCUGACCCAGUCCCUAUCCCUGACAUUCACAGCCAGUAUCCGGAGGAGAGUAGAGCUGCUGUUCCCCAGUCUUGGGUCAAACCCCAGCCUCCCCAAUGCCACCUACCCCUGGAUUCCCCGUACCACACCCCCACUGCUGAUAGUGCUAGGUCUUCUGGUUACUCAGAGCAGUACCACCACCAGGCUGACUCCGGCCUCUCCUCCCAUCACAGCCACAGCAGCCUCCUCCUUUGCCCAUCACUGAACUCCAGGGAUGAGUGGCCCCAGGGUUCCCGUAGAGAUGAGUGGGCCAGCUAUGAAGCACUCAACUACCAGGUUCUCUCGGGUGAGCAGCUCUCUCAAAUGCACUGCGCCGAGAAGCAAGCCCCCUGUCCUCACUAUCACUCCACCGGUUACCUUGAUAACAACAAGGUGGACAUAGCAUCGUCAUGGCACCAUUCCACAGGUUAUCUCCAUGACGAUGAUGGGUCAGAGUCCAACGAGUCCACCUCUAUUCCUGGUUCGGCCCCCGAGCCAUUUCUCCGACCCGCCGUCCAGCGACUCAGCACACAGCUCCGCAGCCGUAUGUGUCGUAGUCUCGGAGCCGGCCUGGACCAACAGUUUCCGGAGGACGGUGUCUCGGCACGGCACAACCGUCUCCACCUCCUCUCCUCCAACCUCAGCAUCAGCCACUCCUUCUCCCACCCUACCUCACGCACACCCAGCUACAGAGACCUAAGGGGGGAGAUGCGAUCUGGGGCCUCCAGUAACAAGAGCUUAAACAGUGGCCAUGACAGCUCCUACUUCCACCGGCACAACCUGGUCCCCCUGGAGCCUAAGGAGCAUGACUGGCUGGUGAAGGGCGCCGCUGGACUCUGGGCCGACAUUUACACCCUGUUCAGAGAUGAACCCAGCCUCCUCACCAAGAGAGACUUCAUCACUGGUUAUACCAUCCUGCACUGGAUCGCUAAACAUGGAGACCACCGGGUCCUCAACACACUCUGGUAUGGAGUCAACAAAGCCGGGUUUAAACUGGACGUGGAUGUGAAGACUACCUGUGGCUACACGCCUCUUCACCUGGCCACGAUCCACGGAAACGACAAGAUGAUACGACUUCUGGUUCAUAAGUUCAGUGCCAACGUGGCCCUCAGGGACACUAGUGGUAAGAAGGCCUGGCAGCACCUCAGUCGCACCGGCCCAAUUGACCUUCUAGAGAUGCUAGGGGCCCCUCAGUGCUUGACCUCCACCGAGGGUAGCUCCUCAUCCCAGUCCACAGGAGAGAGACCCACCAGGCCGGUGACAUCCUCGGGCUCAGCUGCGGUGAAGAGGUCCACGUCUAUAGCUGUGUUCCUGAAUAAGACUCUGAUGAAGUUCCCAGGACGGGAACGUUCGCAGUCGUCCGACUCUUUAGUGUGACACUAGUGUGGCAUCUAGGGUGUCUGUCCCACUAUGACCUCUAUUCUAAUGGCACCAGCCACUUACUAACUAAGCUGUGUUGGGUCUUCACAGCUAAGAUUUGACACUUAAAAUCGGAUUUGCUUUCUUUAUUUCAAAUGUUAAUCCAUUUUUUUAUUUUUUAGACCGAAUAAUUGAAUAAGGGGUUAGGGAUUGUGUUAUUGAGCUGUCUAAAUGAAUUUAUUAUGAAUGGAUAUGACAGACAGACCUUAACUGUAUCACUUGUGAUAACAAAAGCAAUAGAAUCAGUUCCGUGAGGUCGGAGUUAUAAAGAGAUUGUAUUUUAUUAUCUUAUUUGAGUAUAAUUGCUUUGCAUUUGUGUUUAUUUUUGGCGAGAACCUUUUUGUUUGUUUGCUACUGGGGAAAUGGCUUCCAUUCCUAAUGUUUAGUUUUUUAAUGACCAGAGAAGAACCUUUUCAAAAUGUCUUCUCUCCAACAACAGUUCAAGUGCUUCAGCAGUUUCAUGUUUCAGGUGGUUACUUGACGUUGGAAUGUGGUUUUGUUUGUUCAAAGGCCUGUCAAAGUAGCAAUGUAUAUUACAUCAUCUGACUAAAGGAAAAAGAAUCGUCCCUUGCACCAGGAGGAAUAUGAUGCCAACUGUUCACUAGUUUAAAUCCCCGAAGGUUGAGUGAGGUUUAUAAUACACGGCUGUUUUAUUAUAUGGACUUGUUAAUAUUGACACCAAAAAGUUGAAUCACACAAACUGUUUUCUCUUCAUGUUUCCAGGUGCAGCAUGCCCUGAAGUACUAAAACAAUCCAAACUGA